UUCCCAAAGAGGUCGAAAACUGUGAAAAUUUAGGUUUUUACUACUGAAAAUAAGCCCGAAUUGGGCUAAAAACUGCAACCAUGGAAAGCUCCGGUGAUAUUCUUACGAUUAACAACUUUUUCGAAAACGACAUGCUGGAUUUUGAUGUAAGUGACCUGAAAUCGACCGUCCAAGUCAAACCCGCGCAGCAGCAACCCCGCCGCCAGCGCUGUCGCACUUCCGCGAUCUUCCUCUCUUGAGUUGCAAAAACACGAAACAUUUUAGCCAAACGAAAAUCUAAAUAACCGACACCUUAAGCGCAAUCGAUGAGUACCCCUACUGCUACCUACUACUGCCAUUUUCUAAAAAAAAAUCAAUCACCACUAAAUUCAGACACAAUUUAUUUCGUUCACUGAGAAUCGUCUAACUUACAAAUACUAGUCUGCUGACCGAAGUAUUAUUUUUUGUUUGUUGUUUUCUCAGUUACAAGAUGUACUUUUAAUUAUUAUGUUUCAUUUUUAUAAAUCUGAAGUAGACAUUCAUCUUUUUCGUAAAUCAGUUCCCUUCACCCAGGUUUUGUAUACAGUCGCUUUUUCGAUGUUCCUAGUUUCUCAUUCACCACUAGACCACCAUUUCGAAGAAAAAUAUUGGUUAACCAUUGACACAAUGUUUUUGCAGGGAAGCAGUGGUUUAGAGUUUCCCGAUUUAGAUUUCAUUUACGCGGAUGCGGACUCGCACGCCAACGAGAUCGCGGAACUGUAUAGUUACACCGAACAGGCCGAGUUCCAGCACAAUGUGAAGGCAUUCGAAGACCAGAUGGAAUAUUACAAGCUUCCACCUAGUUGGCAGAAACUGUCGGAGAAGGAACAACGGGAAAUAAUUCUCAAACUGCUUGACCAGCUGGAUAUGUCGAAAAAAAGUCUGCGUAUGAAGGCUGCUCGCUGUAUUCUCUACCUAGCACAGGGCUGUUGGGCGGAGGUCCAGUGCGACCAAGAACAGCAGGUGAUUGCCCGGAAGAAUGUAAUGCUACUGUACGAGGCCGGCGUUUUUGGUGCGUUUGUAGAAUUGUUGAAUCUGGAGAUAGAUAACUCAUCAACGGCUAGUAUCGCUAUUCGAAAAGUGGCCGUCUCUUUGGCGGAUUCCGUUGACCUGCGAGUUAUCUUAUCCGUUCUGUACAUUGUUACGGAGGUGAUGCGCGCAGAAAAGGAAAGUGAAUGCGACGAUUAUGCACAGCUAGUGUCUAACUUCAUCAAUGAGAUUACAUACCCCAUUGGAGAUGAAUUACUUUCCGUUAAGCUGCUCGGUAUGAUAACCAAAUUUUGUAGUGGCUUUGCUCCGCACUUUCCAAUGAAGAAAGUGUUGCUGCUACUAUGGAAAGUGUCUCUUGUUUCUUUAGGUGGGAUGGAAACGCUGAAACAGCUAAAAGAUCAGUACCGGGAAGCGGCUGAUCUUCCCCCGAACAAGGAAGACACUUUGGAAGUGUCGAAAGUUAUGCGCGCCAGUUCGCCCCCGAUCACGGCGCCAUCGAACGAAGACAAUCAGAACCCAAAGCGGAGCAAACCCUUCCGAAGAGUAUGUACGAAUACUAGUCAGUUGCAAGAGAGUCUUAUCAAACAAAGCUCGCUUGAUGAACAGGAGCAGAUCGGGCUAGAAAUGGAAGCGCCGUCCACGGAAGCCGAAGAAGAGUUGUCCGAAUACUUCCGCCAGUAUGAAGAUCCCAUCAAUAGCAGUGCGGCACAGAACAUGGAAUUACCUCUCGAAAGCAAUGGAGACGAAAGUACUCCACCGGCGGAUACCCAAGAACCGAUGGAACAGCUCACCAACAAAUUACCGUGGGCACCUAAAAUUCGUCGAAAAGAUAUCGACAUAUUUUUGAACACCUCGAGGAGUAAAUUCAUUGGGUACAUUCUGAAGGACGAUCAACAAACUUUGGCCGGUCUUCCGCAACCGAUUCAAGAAGGAUUUUUCACGCUAAAGAAGCACAUGUACACCAGUCUAGCCGACGUGCAAAUCAAAAAAGAGGAAGACAUUACUCGUAAUCCAAUUUCCACUUCCGAAGGUGAAAUCCCUCAGACACCCACGGAAACGCUUUACCAAGCAAUACUCCCGAAUCUUCCGCAGUACAUGAUCUCAUUACUGAAGAUAUUACUAGCGGCAGCACCAACAUCCAAGGCGAAAACCGAAAGUAUCAACAUUAUGGCAGACGUACUACCAGAAGAUAUGCCAAUGACUGUCACACAGUCCACCAAGCUGGGUAUCGACGUCAGCCGGCACAAGGAGAUCACCGUCAAGGCGGUAUCCGCCAUUCUGUUGCUGUAUUUGAAGCACUUCAAAAUCAAUCACAUCUACCAGUUCGAGUUCAUGUCGCAACAUCUGGUAUUUGCCAACUGCAUCCCAUUGGUACUGAAAUUUUUUAACCAAAACAUCAUGAGCUACGUUGGUUCGAAGAAUGUUAUUCCGAUUAUGGAUUUUCCGUCGUGCGUUAUAGGCGAACAGCCGGAGCUAACGUCCGAGUCACUCAUUAUCGGUGACUCGGCCCCAUACUCGUGGCGAAACGUGUUCUCUUGCAUCAAUCUCUUGCGCAUCCUGAACAAAUUGACCAAGUGGAAACACUCGCGUAUUAUGAUGUUGGUCGUGUUCAAAUCAUCUCCAAUAUUAAAACGAACACUGAAAGUUCGACACGCUUUGAUGCAACUGUACGUGCUAAAAUUGUUGAAAAUGCAAACGAAAUAUCUGGGACGACAGUGGCGAAAGUCGAACAUGAAGACAAUCAGCGCUAUCUACGCUAAAGUUCGGCACCGACUCAACGAUGAUUGGGCCUUUGGUAAUGACCUGGAUGCUCGGCCAUGGGAUUUCCAGGCAGAAGAGUGCGCUUUACGGAACUGCGUCGAUCGAUUCAACAAUCGACGUUAUCUGCAAGUCAGCGCUCCCGAUAUUAUCGAAAGAGAGUUUGAGGAUCCCAUCGAAGGAGACAACAUGAACGGGGGUAGUGUUGCGAACGGUCGAAAACCGGAAGAAAUCGAGCUAAGUGAAGAAUUCAAACAAAACUAUGAGCUGUGGUUACAGCAAGAGGUGUACAACAACAACAUUGACUGGGACUUGCUUCUUUCAGGUCAAGAUUUCACUUAAAAAGUAAUCUGAGAUUGUUCAUAUGUUAUGAGCAUAUUUAUGCAACAAUCGAAACAGUGACGAUAAAUGCAAACCGACUAACAGUUGGCCGAACAGCGGAAUAAAUUAUGUUACGUAGAAA